AUCUAUUAGAUGUACACACCCCGAAAUGGCAUCAAGCAGGCUUCCACCUUAUGCUCGGCAACUCAGAUGAUUGCUAUGUCGCACAUGCGAAGCGCGCAGUAGAGCUCUACCAGUUCUUUGUCGGUAGAACAGACGAAGACUUGUCUGAAGCGCAUAUCGAACUACAGAAGAGGUCCUUAUCAGAUGCUGAGUAUGUCUAUAAGCGAGCGCUAGAAGAUCAAAAAAAAAGCCCAAGACGAAAAGGCUGAAGAUGACGAACUCGAGCUUGUUGGAAGGGGUGAAGAAGACGACGAUGCUCUGAUGGCAGAUCGCGAAGCUGAAGAGGAUGACUAUCAUGCCCUAGAAGACGCACAGCCCAUCUUGUACAGCGACGAAGAAGACAUCGAUACCAGUGACGAAGAAGACAUUGAUACCAGUGACGAAGAUUCAGUGGAUUCCGACACUGGCGUACCUGAGGGGGAGACACGAGAGGAAGCCCCCGUCGGUGCCAACAUCUCCGACAACCACAAGGACGAUCAAGGACGCGGACAUGAGGUGGAUCGCGAGGAGCAGGAGAGGGUAGAACUCGAGGAAAGUGCCAAGAACCUCGGUGUCGGCAAAACUCCCGGCUAUUAUCCAACCCCAAGCGCAUCGCGGAAUCCAACAGGAGACAGAUCAGGAUUACUACCGCUCACCCCAGGCCCUUCACGCCGUACGACUGAAGAUGAGAAGAAGCCGUCAGAGGAGCAGGGUUAGGGUGUAUUCCGGACCACGUCAGUAAUGUAGUGUA